AUGGAUGACAGUGGACGAUCAACCGCCGCGGGUAGAAAGGGUCCACUUUUCAACCAAGAAGAACUUGCUCGAGUAGAGCGGGCAAGAUGUGCGAGUCACACAGUCGUUACCAGUAGGCCUCAGUCUCUUGGUUACCUCUCAAUCGCCUGUAUCAUAAUCAACAAGAUGAUCGGAACUGGAAUAUUCAAAACCCCGACUGUGGUGAUGCAAGGAACCAGCAGCGUUGGCAUUGCUGUGAUCUUUUGGGUCUUGGGCGCCGUCGUCGCCAUCGCUGGGGUCCUUGUUUUCUCCGAGUUUGGCCUCACAGUUCCUCGAAUGCAGGUUGAAGGCCAACAUGAGAAGGAAUCCGUUCCACGGAACGGUGGAGAAAAGAACUACGUAAGAGAGUCCCCACUACUUGUCUUCUUGACAUCAAACUCAUUUUGGAAGCUGGAGUAUCUCUGCCCCAAACCACAUUUCCUUGCCACCUGCCUAUAUGGCAUUCCAUUCAUCCUUCUUGGAAACACAGCAGGCAACGCCAUCGUCUUUGCUGAAAAUGCGAUUCGUGCUUCUGAAAGAGAACCUACCAACGUCGAAGUAAGAGGCGUUGCAAUAGCCGUCAUCACCUUCGCUUGCCUGAUCCAUGCUGUCUGGCGAAGGGGCGGUGUCUACCUCAACAACGUCUUUGGUUUGGUCAAAGUAGCCAUACUGCUGACGCUUUUCUUUGUUGGUGUCGCAUCAGCUGCCGGAGCUAUUAAGAGCAGUGCGGCAAGCUCAGGCUCAGUGGCCAAAGAAAAUUUCGAUCCAGCCACAUCAUUCAAAGAUCGCGCGGUGGGUUCAUACAAAUACACGGAGGCCUUCUUAAGCGUCAUGUUUGCAUAUGAUGGUUUCAAUCAAGCCAACUAUGUACUCGGUGAAAUUGAUGACCCACGGAGAAAGUUCAAGCGGGCUGCCUUGUCCACAGUUGGUUUUGUCAGCGCUUUCUACAUUCUGGUCAAUAUCACUUAUAUGCUCGUUGUCCCUAAAUCCGACCAAAAUAAAACCAGCAGCGACGUUGCGACGUCGUUCUUUCAGCGAGUGUUUGGCGAAGAAGUCGCCAGUCGAGUCCUUUUGGUGCUGAUGGCCAUAUCUGGUCUUGGCAACGUCCUUGUGCAAACUUUCACAGCAGCACGGGUUAAACAGGAAAUAGCCAAGGAAGGCAUUCUGCCGUGGUCGGCCUUUUUCGCGAGAAAUUCUGACCUCCGAUUCUUCCGUCGUGGACCCAGGAGCAGAUCACAAACGCAUGCUGGAGAGACACCAGUUGGCGCCUUUCUUCUUCAUUGGGUGUUCGCAGUCGCUCUGAUCGUUGCAACUAGUGCGCAGAACCCUAGCGACACCUAUAGGACCUCUGUCUAUCUCUACUCCUUCACUGUCGAUGCCUUGUUUGGGUUCGUCGUUGGCCUAGGUCUUCUCUAUCUUCGGCUCAACGAAGCCCGCACCAAGUGGUCAACGAAAUCAGCAUCCAAACCGUGGCUCAGUAUUUCGGCGGCGACCAUCUUCACCUUGGGCAACUUCUUCCCGCUGGUCGGGAUCUGGAUCCCGCCGGGAAGUGGCUCCGUAUUCGUGCCAACAGCCAACUGGUUUGUCACCGGAACGGUCGGGAUUGUUGUCGUGGUUGCGGGUUUUGUAUGGUGGGUAGGGCUCUAUUGCAUGGUUCCAAGGGUUAGGGGAAUGAAACUCGAGGUGGAGAAGGAGGAGGUGCUGGAUAACGGGUACGGUUAUUGGAUCAUGUGGCAUGAGAUUGUCCGAUUUCAUUGGGUGGUCAAAUAA